AACUACAUGUCCCAGAAUGCCGCGCGGGGCUGACGCGAACGCCUUGGCGAGUGCGGCCUGUUGGGUUUGAAGCCUCGAAGUUGGAUGUGAGCCGUGCCGGCAGAAUGCUGCGGAGGAAGCCCACCCGGCUCGAACUGAAACUGGACGAUAUCGAGGAGUUUGAGAGUAUGAAGAAGGAGCUGGAGAAUCGGAAGAAACAGCAGCGUGAGGAAGGGGUCAUGGUGAGCUCCAGUGAUGUGGACAGUGCAAAUGGCGCACGAGAUGAUGCCAAAGUUAGAGAAAAGAUAAAUGAGCGAAUUGGUUACCGACCCAAUGCUCACAUCAACAAACCCUUCUCGAUGUUCGGGAACCUCCACUGAUAGCCCGUUGACAUGAACACACAUGGAAUGUACAGGUUCACCAGGGAGUGAAAUCGGACCUGAAUAUUUUGAGGAUUCAAAGACGUGUUGGGUCAUGGCAAAAUUGGUGCCCAGCUAACCCUCCUGCUGAGGACUGUGCCAAAUGUAAGAUAAAAUGGUGUGAAAAUCACUGACCUAGCCAUGCACACUUGAGAUAUUUCCACCAGUGUUUUAUAAAGAGGUAACAAGCUGAUCCUUUGAUUUUUAAGAAUGACUGUGUUGUGAAUUCCAAUGAUCAUACUAUAUUGGAUUUUACACAAUGGAUUUAUUUUAAGAUAAUAAACAUGCCUCUUAUUUUUCCAGUUGAAUUGAUUCGUAGUUAGAGUGAAGAGAGUUAAUUAGUUAAGAUUUUCUGAUCAGCAUCACUUUGAUAGCUAGAACACAGUCAGCAUUAAAAUAACAGCAAUCAAAAAAUCCUGGGUUUGUUAUUCCCUCACAUCUCUAUUCGGCACAGUCUAUGGCUGAGAUGGUUAGGACUGCACAUAGUGACACAACUCUCCUGAAUUCAGUUCAAUGUCUGGAUCAAUUCCCCCAUCAAUCACAGUCGAGAUCACAUUGCUGUAAGUGGCUGGGAUUGAUUUCACAUAUAUCAGUUGUAACUGUUCUCUACCUUUGCUAGUUUUGGUCAGGAGGUUUUGCUGCACUUUUGGUUACUAGUUCUGUUUACAGCAAUUCAUGGAGAUUCAUUUAGCAGGGACAUGGGAACAGAGGUGGCUGUUCAGCUGCUGUACCAUUCAACUAGAUCAUGGCUAAUCUUCACCUGAACACCAUUUUCCAGCACUAUUCUUGUAUUCCUUGCCUUUAACUAGGAAUCUAUUAGUCUCUGUAAACAGACUUUGUUAAUAAAUUAAUUUGCUUUGCUUUUUACUAAUA